AAAUAGGACGUACACUAUUUAUGCGAUAUAUCGAUGCAUUGUAAAUUGUCAUUUUAAUUUUAUCGUCAAUCUUUCAAAUUCUUGUAAUUAUCAAUCGAUAUAAAAAUAAUAAUAAUGUCCGUUUUAGCAUUGGCCAUUGUCAACAAUCAUAAUACACCUGUUCUAAUACGAACACGAAAUGAAGAUUCUGUAGAUAUAUUAUUCAAAUUACAUUCAUCAUUGGAUGUUGUUGAAGAAAAACAAAAUACUCGUGAACCAUUCUUGGGUAUUCUAUCUCAAAGUGAUAGCUAUAAAAUCUAUGGCCUUUGUUCAGCAACCAAUAGUAAAAUUUUAUUAAUGGUCAAUAAUACAUCUAUUCGUGAUAAUGAAGCACGUGCUAUAUUGAAAACUAUUCAUAAUAUUUAUGUUGAUGUUACCACAUCGAAUCCAUUCUAUGUACAUGGACAACCAAUUCAUUCUCAACAUUUGAUACGAAAAAUUGACGAAAUUUUUGGUUAAUAAAAUAAUUUAUCAUA